AUGCUGAGCUUUGUGGUAAUGAAAAAAUUGUUGGUACCCCUUCUCCACUCUUUUGACGCGAAGCGUGUAGAUAAGAAUGAAAGACAGCCAUUCAAUGAUGAGAUGGAGCGGAUGAACGAGCUUACGAAGCUGGAAGAAGAUGAAAUUUACGUUUCUAAAAGAUACGAUGGGAGUACGGAAAGAGAGGUUAUACGAGAUGGUAUAGAUAAGGCUCUACUAGAGUCUCAUUUUCCUUUAGGGUCACCUCCAGCAAUCCACCAGACCUUCUUUGAUAAGGUCUGUCCUUUCCUCCUUUAG